AUGGAGGCACAAGGAGAAGGAGAAAGGGGGUUUAGAGGUGGUGAUCGAGCUGGAGACUUACCUCAGAGGGAGGAGCAUCGAGCAAUUAGCCAGGGAGGAGAUACUUCAAAGGGAGUGAUUUACCCUCCGCUACUGAAUGACAUCACCAAGGUAUGGAGAGAGGUGCAUCGUCAUGAUCCUCCACAGUUCAAGAGAAGUUUGGAACCGUCAGAUGCAGAGAAGUGGAUUGAGCGGAUAGAGACAAUCUUUACUGCUGUUCCUUGUCUUUCCCUGCUCAAGGUACAAGUGGCGGUUACCUAUCUUGUGGAGCAAGCAAGGCAUUGGUGGGAUAGUGCAAGACCUUCUGAUAUAUCUCAGUUGGACUGGGAUACCUUCAAGCGAAUAUUCUAUGAUCAUUUCUUUCCAAAGGAGUUGCGAAUGGAAAAGCAAUUCCUGUUCUAUUCCUUGAAGCAGGGAGAGAUGCAUGAGGAUCAGUUUAUCACAAGGUUUAUAGACUUAGCGAAGUAUGUGCCCAGGCAGACGGGAGAUCAUUCGUUCUGGCUAGCUCAACAGUUGAUGAACCAUGCAAGGCCGAAGUUGAAACAGCAGUUGGCCCUGUUAGAGGUCAAUACCUUUGAGGAGAUGUGUGUAAAGCUGCGGGUCGCAACUAGAAGGACAAGAGAGGUGGUAGAGGCAAGGAGGGCUGAGAACCAAACUAGAGCAGCCCGUUAUCUUGGUCCAACAGGAGGAGUGGGGAAAAGAAAUCAAUACCACUCUGGGAGCUCGAGUAGCUCAGGGAGAAACAGGAAUCAAGGGAAGAAUCAGAGGGCAAACGCUCAGAGGGGCUUUAUGCAAAGGCGCCAGAAUCCAAACAAUCAGACUGGUAGGGGACAGAGCUCCCGUCGAGAUUCAUCAGUGACCACCCCGAGUGUUACUGGACUGUGCCCCAGAUGUGGGGGACAUGUCUAUGCGAUGACAAACGAGGAGGCUUCUAUAUCUCUGAACUUGAUUCAAGGUAACAUUCUACUUGAGGGAUAUGUUAUUUCUGCUUUAUUUGACUCGGGUGCUACGCACUCCUUUAUUUCUAUGGACUGUGCUCAGAAGUUGAGCUUGCCUGUGGUUGAGCUACCUUAUGACUUAAGAGUGUCUACUCCUGCUAGAGUCACUGUCGUAACUGGAAGAGCGUGUCUAAAGCUUGCACUUCAGUUUGAGGAUUGA